AUGACUCCAUUAUCAAGGAAAACCAUACAACAUUUCACCCAUUCUCAUUCAUUAAGAGAAGUUUCAGCCGACUCCGAGUUCCUUUGCGGUGGUUGCAAGACUCUAGGUUCCAGCUUCCGCUAUGGAUGUGAACUCUGUGAUUUUGAUCUCCAUGAUCACUGUGGAACCUGCCCUAUAGAACUGUCUUCUUUUCUGCACGAGCAUGGCCUCAAACUGGUCAUUAGAAAGCCAAAGGCUACGCGACAGAAUGAUCGUUUCUGUGACUUAUGUGGCGACCUCGUCGAAGGACUUUUCUAUAGGUGCAGCAUUUGUGAUUUCGAUGUGCACCCUCUUUGUACCCAAUUGCCAGAAGAUGUGCGGCAUGCGAUGCAUCCAUAUCAUCCUCUGAGGCUGCAACGAUCAGUGCCUGGCAGGUGCAUGGUCUGCAAUGAUACAUGCAAGUCUUGGCAUUAUAGAUGUGGGCUUUGCAGCUUUGAUCUUCACCUCGAGUGUGUCUUAUCACCUUGCAAGGGUGCAAUGCCGGCAACGUCAACGGCUCGAUCUUUGCCAAUGCCACCACCUUCGCCUGUUUUCAGUCAUUGUUAUGGUUAUGACUAUGGGGCCAAUCCAUUUCCACCACCUCCGAACUCUGCAUAUGCUUACGGGUUCCCUGUUGCACCACGCUAUUUUGGUCCUUAUGAUCAUGAUGGUUAUGGAAUCCUGUCUAGCUCGUUCCAAACCAACUUCCAUUGUCAGCAUGGUAAUAGCAGUCAAGGUCAAGGAGGUGCUGGAAAGGUUCGAAAGAAAAUGCAUGCAAUUGCUGGGAAACUGGCUCUUGGAGUGCUUUCAAACGUUGUGUUUGGAACCUAG